GCUCUCGAAAAAGUUCAGUUCAAAUUUAUACUCGAAACCAAACGGAUCUCUUUUCCAAUUCCCAGUGUAGAAAAUACUUUUUACUAGUAAUAUUUUUAUUUUUUUGUUUGUGCUACAUUUCAAAUACUUACAACUCGAAAUCCAAAGCAGAGUCUCCUCGCGAUUUGUGUCAAGUGUUUCGUGCGGAUUAGUCGUUUCUAGUGUUGAAAAUUAUGGACGCGAAACGCGGUAAUAAUGCUCCGGCCACACGCCAUGCCGUUCACGCAUCCCGAACUAGUGUUGCCUCACGCCAUGGCCAGCAGGCAGCACCUGCAGGAGGGCAAGUAGCCACCAUGUCACGCAAGCAUGCCAGCGAGGCCAGCCUGACGCCUAGCCAAGCCAAGCGGGAUACCGAGAAUCCUCGCAAGAGUCCGUUGGAUGCUCUAAGCCGUGCCGGCGCAACUCGUCAGCAGGAUCCCUUCGCUCGUCGCUCGGGUCUACAGGAUGUGGACGAUGCCUUCCUGGCCACGAACGCCUUUGCCCGACCAUCGCGCGUGCGUCACUCUGGAUUAGAUGGUUGGACUGAUGGUGGCGCUGCCGCUCCACCAGCAGGAACUGCUGCCGUGGCCCCCAUUCGCAUGUCUGGCGGACAGGAGCAGUCUCAGGUGCUGUAUCAACAGCCUCAGCAGGGCAUGCCUUCGCAAGCAGCCGCUCCUACACAGGAGCAGCAGCAGAUGCCACCCCCACAGCAACAGUCGCCACCGGUGGCUGCUGUGCCCUCUCAGCAGCAGUUCAUGCAACAACCAGCCGCUGGCCAGCCCACUCGCCACGAGCCCUAUCCCACUGGACGGGCCCACGUUCAUCAUAAUCAGCAACAGCAGCAGCAGCAGGUUGCCCAUGAUCAGCAGCAGCAGCAACAGCAAAUGGCCCAACAGGAGACCCAGUCCAUGAACCAAUCCCAUCCACAGGGACAACUGUCACCACGCAAAUAUCAACAGCAGUCGCAGGGCUUCCCUAGUCAGCCCAAUGCCGGUGGAGGAGAACGCGCUGCAGCUGGCGGAUCCGCCAACGGAGGUCAACAGCCGCAAGUUGGCGGUGGGGCCGCUCCGCCUCCCGAAGCCGAGUUGUGUACCACGUGCCCCAACUGCCAGACCACCAUCUACUUGGUGCGCUCCGCCGAAAUGGGACAUGGCGACAAUGCCGCGCCCACUCAGUAGAUAGAUGCGAAGCAUCAAAAGACUAAAUUUCCAGUAAACCCAAAAUUCAGAUAUAAUCAAUCCACAAGUUUCGAAUGAAAAUAUAUUCCAGUAGCCACGCGAAGGAGUAACCCAGAGUCGGACCAUGUCCUCUGGACAAAAUUCUUUGUAAUCUAAAUUUUGCUUGCAGUCUUUUUUUUUGUUGCUCGUUAGUGUCCUGAGAAUGUUUAUACUUUUUGUGGUUAAAUAAAAACCAACCCCAAAGGGUGGAUGUGUGUGUGCCAUG